GUUGUAUUCCAAAUUAGAAUAGUUAUGAUUUAGUGUAUGAUGUUUAUUAACUUGUUCACGCUUCAUUUUAUUUUAAAUUUUGGGUCUUUUUUUUCAGGAAACAUAUCAUUAUCUAGAAGCUUUUAAUUUAUCUACCUAGGUACUUCAAAUUCCGCCCUGGGAUUUCAAGUAUAUUUAUUCAGAAGAAUUAUGACGCUUCAUGAUGAAAGUCGAUAUUCUUCGGAAGUUACGAUACCCAUACUCAUUCAAACAACCAGAGCAAAAUUUUUAUAGGUAUAUGGAGUGUCUGGACAAUAUGAAAGACUGGUAGGAAUAAUCAAAUUGCCACGGAAAUGAGGGGAUUCAAACUGAUGGUCCUUGGAAUCAGUGAAAUACAUUGGACCCAAACUAGACAGAAAAGUUUAGAUUUGGGUGGGAGGUUGCUGUACUCUGGACACUAAGAGGAAAAUGUUCCGCACACUCAGGGAUAUGUUUCUAUUCUGUCCAGAGAAGCACGAAAUGAACUCAUACGAUGGGAAUCUCAUGGAAUCAGGAUCAUUAAAUAUCUUUCGAAAUAAAUAAGGAGGGAAUCAUAAUGAAUAUUAUCCAGUGUUAUUCAUCCGCCAAUGAAAGCAGUGAUGACGAUAGAAAUCAGUUCUGCGAGAAGCAGCAAUCUGUCAUGGCGAAGUGUUUAACAAACCACCUGACCAUGAUGAUAGGAGAACGAAACGCCGAAGUCCGAAUGAAUAACAACAGAUAUGAAGAUAUCACAGGACGAAAUGGACUGACUAGGAGAAAGGAACGAGAAUGGGGAGAGAUCGGCAAAUCUGUGUGCAUUCUACAAAUUGGUUAUAGGCGGCACAAUAUUCCCACACAAAUGCAUACACAAAGCCACAUGAGUCUCAGCGGAUCACACCAUGGAGAACCAGAUCGAUCAUAUUUGCAUAAGCAAAACAUUCACAAGGACAAUCAAAGACGUGGGAAUCAGAAGAGGAGUUAAUCAGCAUAGCUAUCAGGCAAAUCAAGAGUAGAAAAGCAGCACUACCUGACAAUAUACCAGACAAAGCACAAAAGUCAAAUAGAAGCAAUAGUAAUCAUGCCUCAUGUUCUAUUCAGGAAGAUUGGGGAGGAAGAACAAGUGCCGACAGACUGAAAGGAAUGACACCUCAUCUAGACACCAAAGAAAGGAGAUCAUCCUGAAUGUGAGAAUUACACAGGCAUCAGAAUAUUAUCAGUACCAAAAACGUUAUCAAAAGAGUGUUGCAGAACCGGAUGAAAGAUUCAGUAGACGUCCAACUUCGAGAUCAACAGACCGAAUUCCGUAAGGAUCGGUCUUGAACAGACCAAAUCGCGACACUACGGAUCAUCGUUGAACAGUCAGUUGAAUUAAACUCGUCACUCCAUAUCAUCUUCCUUAACUAUGAGAAAGCAUUUGUUAGUGCGGAUAGGAAAACACUAUGGAAACUUCUUCGAUUCUAUGGACUGAGUAGCUGAGUACAAGUAUUUGUAAAUGAUUGUCUACACAAGAAACCCAAUAUCCCUUGGCCAGAUACCAUCAGCAACAAUCUACUGUGGGAAAGAGCAAACCAACUUUUAGCUGGAGAGGAAAUUAGGGGAAGACGUUGAAAGUGGAUAGCACAUACAUUGAGGAAAUCACCAAACUGCAUCACGAGGCAAACGCUAACUUGGAAUGCUGAAGGAAAAUGGAAAAGUGGAAAGCCAAGGAACACAUCGCUUCGAUAAUUGGAAGCAGACAUGAAUUGGAUGAAUAGGAACUGGAAAGAACUAAGAAGGAUCGUUGGUGUGUGGUUUAUGCUCCUCCACGAGAGGCAACAGGAGUAAGUAAGUAGGUAUAACACAAAUAAAAGUACUCAUAACUACAAAGUAUAUGACUAGUAUUAAACGUUUCACUUGUAAUUUCGAAGGAUCAACAAGAUGUUUAUUUCUAGUUGGCUGCCUCUUUUUAGGCAGCUUUAGUGGAUACAAACUGCAAUACUUAAAUAUUUAUUCAUCCAUUUUAAAGAUAAGAAACAGUUUAAAUCAAUACAAUAAUACAUUAGACUAUUCAGUUGUUUAACUAAGCAACCAAAUCUAAAUAAUCAGUCCUACACCAUUUUACACAAACUGAGGUCACAUGGAAAUCUUGAAUUUAUAACACUUUUAUUUACACAAGAAUGUACCAUAAUUCUAAAUAAAACUGAUAUAAGAAACAACAAGUUUUAUGGUACACAUAUCACUAUCUAAUCGUCAGCUCAAAAUUUUGUGUUAAAUACAGUUGAAAUUCGGUCAAUAAGCCAGAGCAGCUUAUGCCAAUCUAAGCCAUCUUUGGCGCUUUUCUGAUGUUCGUCUGGCUGUACAAGGUCGGUUCUACAACGCGUCGGUGAGAGCAGUUUUGCUCUAUGCUUGUGAAACCUGGCCUCUCCGAGUUGAGGAUGUUAGACGACUCUCUGUGUUCGAUCAUCGCUGUCUCCGAAGGAUUGCUGACAUCCAGUGGCAUCACCAUGUUUGCAAUGCAGAGAUUCAGCAUCGUGUGUUCGAGCACAGAGACGAUAAUGCAAUUGGUGUCAUCAUCUUGAAACACCGACUUCAGUGUGUUGGACAUGUUCUACGAAUGUCGUCCCAGAGACUUCCACGUCGUGCAUUAUUUACCGACUCUGGGACUGGUUGAAAAAGCGGAGAGAUGGCCAGUGUAUGACAUGGUGUCGGGGUAUGAAAGAAAGUUGCAAAGGGUUGGCUUGUGUUGGUCCUUCACGACUCCCUGGCUGGGGUCCUAGAGAUGGUGCAACACAGUGGCUAGAGACGUUAUCAGAUAUGGCUCAGAAUAGAAGCCAGUGGCGAUCCUGCUGUAACCUUUUUUGCUUUCUUCAUAAAAAGUGCUUGUAACUUCCUUAACUGAACGAAUUCUUUCUCGUUGCACCUUUCCGUUUCCCUCAUUAUUAUUAUUAUUGUUGUUAUUUCACUACCAUACACUAAUCUGUGGUGAUCAUUGUUCUCUCUAAUUUUUUUUCGUAUACUCAUCUUACAUUCUUUUUCUCUUCCCAAUCUCAUUGUUUUGUGUGGCGCAUAUAUAUCUGAUGCCUCCUUGUACCAAUAUUUAUAUGCUCAAAUAAAUAAAUACAAUAAACAAUACUUUUAAGUUGUCACCAUUAUUAUCUAAUUGCAUCUGUAAGCAUCCAUCUACAGUCGUGAUUUAAAAUCCCUUCCUCAAGAUAAUUAUAUUUUAGCAUUGAAUAAAGCUAUAAUAAUAAUAAUAAUAAUUAUUAUUAUUAUUAUUAUUAUUAUUAUUAGUAGUAGUAGUAGUAUUACUACAGAAAGAGCUGUUACUUAUUUUCAAACAUAGAAAAAUAAUUUAUGAUUUAACGUUUACUAAUUUUCAAAGCGUUUCCAGUUCAUUUCAUUUUAUAGUAAAAUCAAUUUCCCAUAAUACAAAUAAAUAUUUAAAUAUUAAAAGAAGUGUGCAAAACAAAUACAAGUAAUAAAUGACUUAUUAUUAUUGUGGCUUUUUUCUAUUUUAUCACUAAAUUUAGUUUAUUAUUAUUUUUUCUUUUUCUGAUUAUCUCAUAGUAACAAUUUGUUCACUCUUCUCAUUUACUAUACAUUAAAUUUUUCGGCGAGACUCUAAUUUAGGGACAAGCCAAUCAGAAGCGUUUGAGCAAUUUCAAUUAUUAGCCAAUCAGAAGACAAUUAGUAUAAAGUAAAAAUAUAUUAUAAGAAAGUAAUGAAUUACAGUGGAUAUUCUUCUUUUACAUGAUUUAAAAACUUGUUAAGGUUUGAUAAAGGUUCUGAAUUCAUAAUGCAUACGGUAUAGAAACUCGUCCAUAGGGCUAAGGUUGUAGCCUCUCAAAAAUCACCUCUUCUCUAAAAUCCUCUGUAAACCGAUCGUGUGUUAGCAUCACGUGUUGAACUUGGCUUCGUGACCCUGAAAUUGCUCAAACGCUUCUGAUUGUCUCGUCCCUAUAUCAGUAUCUCGCCACCCUAACCCUACUGACGAGUUUCUAUACCGUAUGCAUUAUGAAUUCAGAACCUCUAAACCUUUAUCAAACCUUAACAAGUUUUUAAAUCAUGGAAAAGAAGAAUAUCCACUGUAAUUCAUUACUUUCUUAUAUUUUCAUUUUAUACUAACUGUCUUCUGACUGGCUAAUAAUUGUCAAGGUCAUUUAAGAUUCAUUCAAAGGUCGUCCCUAAAUUAGUCUCACAAUUUUUUCUAUUUAUUAUUAAAAGAAGCCAAUAUUAUUCAAAUUAAAAUUGAUUUUUAAUAGAAAGAUAAUUAAAUAAAUAGAUUAUUACUAUUUUAAAAAAAAGUGAAAAUAGGAAACAAAAAGAGAACCUCAGAAGUGCUCAACCACGAUCCC